UGUACUGUAAUAGGUGUAACUUUACUUAUGAUAGAUUACAGUGUGAUUUAAUUGAUCACAGUUAAAGUAUUUGUAAUAAUACUUAUUGUGUUAAUAUAUUAAUUAAAGUAAUUGAAUAAUAAUUGAUAGUUUGGAGAGGAAUGGCAUUACAUUCUGCAGUGAAGGGCAAACUCAUUGCUGUGAUCGGCGAUGAGGAGUUCUCCCUACACAUCGACAUAAUCCUGAUUAACCAGAAUGUGGCGGAACUGAUCCGACACGCGAUCGACGCGCAUACGGCUCCCGUGCCCUCCAUUCUGGAGAUCCCCUCCAAAGACCAUCCCUACGAUCCCAAUAAGGAUUCCAUUCUUCAGGACAACGCGCAUACGGCUCCCGUGCCCUCCAUUCUGGAGAUCCCCUCCAAAGACCAUCCCUACGAUCCCAAUAAGGAUUCCAUUCUUCGUAGAGCUAAGGGUCUGUUCGGAGCCGACGACCGCUAG